AUGGUGCUUCUCGUUAUCAUGUUGCUUUACGCGACUAUGGUUUUCGACGAUGGAGCGCAGGUACGAGACACCCGAAAGCUUAGCAACGUGAAUCCCCAAGUCUUCUGGCGCUUCACCGAGGUCUCGUUCAAGAUCAUGCAUAGUGUGCAAAUACAGUACCGUGAUAGUGUGGACUGUAUAGCCGUUCGCCAAUCAGCUCUCUCUGCCAACGUUAUCCUGACCGCUGUGUUUGCCUUGGAUUACCCCUGGAUGGAGGCUAACUCUCUCGCCGUGGCACCAACCACUACCAUCGGCGAUGUAGCCACCACAGCCUGUGAGCGAUGUCGGAGGCGGAAGAUCAAGCCCAUGCGUAAGGGCUACGUGCAAGCCCUUGAACGAAGUGUGGCUUCCUUGGAGCUAUUCAUUAAGCAGCUCGCUGCGGCUGAUGGUGUCAAGCGUGAUGAGAUGCUGGCUGGGUACGUGCCGAAAUCGGCACUAAAUAAUGACAUUCUCCUCUCCCAAGAGAGCAGAGCUAAGGCGAGUCCAAAUGACGAGCUAGUCCUCGCAAGAGCCCGGGAUGGGCAACUCAAGAAACUACGGACGGGCAGUGCUACGCAGUUCUUCGGAGGGACGAGUUUAUUCCAGUUCCAUACCCCAGAAGAUGGCUCAGCUCCUUCAACAUUGACAGGAAUCGGCCUGUCUUCCGAGCACAUCGACCUCAACCUCGACCCCAUGGCCUUUGGCAUAUUCCCAUAUUCUCCACAUGACGAGACCUGUCUAGCGACAAUGGCAGACUUCUUCAAGAACCAGUAUGCUUACCAUAUGUGCCUGUAUCGUGAGUUCUUCCUCAGAGACUACGAUGCAGGUGCGGGUAGGUACUACUCGGAGGUCUUGCUCUACGCCAUCUGCGCAAUGGGUGCCCUGUCCGACGGAGACCCCUCAAUGUCAUCAAUAUCCGAGACCUUCGCUAUGCAGGCCGAGAACCUGGUUUAUGCUUCGUUGGAUCGGCCAGACCUGACUCUACUGCAAGCCCUGUUGUUACUCGGCUACCGAGCCAUCGGCCACGGCAGCCCAUCCAAGGGCUGGCUCUUCUGCGGCAUGGCUUUUCGGCUGGCUCAUGAGAUGGGACUGCACCUAGAUCCUAACAACUGGAAUGGGCCCUCCGAACCUCAGAUUGAUCGAGAGAUCUCUCGGCGCGUGUACUGGGCAGCAUUCAACGCUGACAAGCAGUUGAGUCUCUACUUCGGCCGACCGCCAGCAUUGUACCCGCAUGAAUCUGACGUGAGGAACACUAUUCGGAUCCCGUAUCCCGAAGGAUGGCAAAGUCUCCUGGACACGUACAUUGCCAAGGACAUCUCCAUCACUGCCUACGAAGACGGUAUUGCGCUUUCUGGCUCCUUCAUAUACCGCGUGGAGUUACUCAAGAUCGUGCACACCAUGAUCACCGACGUGUUCGAGAACAGGCGGUACAACGCUGAGAGUACUGUUCUGGCUGCCACAGCACAGCGCAUACAUGUAUCUCUGAACAGGUGGCUUGCGACAUUGCCCGGAAAGUUGCAUUGGAACCAAUGGAGCAAUGGCAAGGUCCAGCCGUUCGUCUUGCAUCUGCACAUGCUCUUCCACACAGCCAUGAUCAUCUUGCACCGGCCACCUCGCCACAUGUUCACGAAACCCGGUAUUGCAUCCAGUGAGGACGUCGAGUUGUGCUACGAGUCACUGCAGGCAAUCCUGAAGUUACUCCGCAGCUAUUCGAAGUUCUACAAGUUCUCAGCACUACCCUUGGAUUUCGUACACACCCUCUCAGUCGCAGCCGGGACCAUCCUCAUGAAGCGCCAGAUCCAAGAUGCCUCAGCAGAAGACAACAGUGCUUCAAGGGCCAUGGACACUGUCUUGGGUGCUAUGCAUGCGAUCAAGUACACCUGGCCGUGCAUUGUCGAGAUCCAGGAGAGUGUUGUCCAGGCCAUGCGGGCGCAGGAAUACAGGACUUCGGACACCGUGCAGGAUCCAGUCCUAGACUUUGGCUUCCUUUCCGACCUGCCGUCUGGAAGUUUCCAGGCUCCUAUUUCUGCCGAUGGUGCGCCUGGUUUUGACUUCAAUUUCUCUGAUGCGGAGUUCGGGAUACUUGCGGAUGACUUCCUGGCCGAGCAGAUGUUGUGGGCGGAUCAGUCUGCUGGUUAUGACCCCUUGAUUUGA